AUGGGCAAGUCAACGAUUACCCUGGCGUCAGGCCACGAGAUGCCUCUGGUGGGCUUCGGCCUGUGGAAAGUGCCCCGCGAGACUUGCGCCGACACUGUCUACAAUGCCAUCAAAGUCGGCUACAGGCUGUUCGACGGAGCGUACGACUACCAGAACGAGAAGGAGGCCGGCGAGGGGAUCCAGCGCGCGAUCAAGGAGGGGCUCGUCAAGCGCGAGGAUAUCUUCAUCACGACCAAACUGUGGAACAACUAUCACCGCAAGGAGCAUGCCAUCGAUAUGGCGAGGAAGCAGAACGAGGCCUGGGGUCUUGGCUACAUUGACCUCUUUCUCAUCCACUUCCCCUGUGCCCUGAAGUACAUUGAGCCCUCGAAGCUGCCCUACCCGGCCUGGUGGACCGAUGCCGAGCGCUCCUCUGUCGAAACUGACAAGGUCCCCAUCCGCGAGACGUGGGAGAGCCUCGAGUCGCUCGUCGACGAGGGUGUUGCCAAGUCCAUCGGCGUCAGCAACUUCCAGGCCCAGUCUCUCUACAAUGUCUUCACCUACAACCGCCACCCACUGUCGUCUCUGCAGAUCGAGCACCACCCCUAUCUCGUCCAGCCCGAGCUCGUCCAGCUCGCGCAGGAGAACAAGAUUGCCGUGACGGCCUACUCGUCCUUCGGCCCCCAGUCCUUCAUGGAGCUGCCGCCUGCGUUCAACAAGCGCGCCCGCGGCGCACAGGGUCUCUUUGAGGUCGAGUCCAUCAAGUCUCUCGCGGGCAAGUACGGUGUCACGCCGGCGCAGGUGCUCCUGCGGUGGGCGACGCAGAGGGGCGUCGCCGUCAUUCCCAAGUCGAACAGCCAGGACAGGCUGAAGCAGAACUUGGAGGUCAACGGGUUCGACUUGACGGCGGAGGAGCUGGAGAGCAUCUCGGAUCUGGAUCGGGGGUUGAGGUUCAACGACCCGGGAUUCUACCUGCCAGAUCACCCGCUGCGCAUUUUUGCUUAG